AUGUCUGACGAGGAGGACUGGCGGAAAGACCGCCCGGUGCGGAUCGCGAAUUGCUCUGGCUACGCCGUUGAUCCCGGCUACCACAUGCGCUUUCAAGCCGAGAAUGGCGACGUGGAUUUCAUUACCGGCGACUAUCUCGCCGAGUUCAACUUGGGCGACAUUGCCGAAGCCAUGGCGUGCGGCAGCCACCCGGGCUACGCCGCAACGGCGUGGGACGGCAUUGAGCAGACGAUUGACCUGUUGGCCGAGAGAAAAAUAAAGCUCGUAAUCAACGGCGGGGCACAAAAUCCCAAAGGGCUGGCCCUAAAAACCCAAGAGUUGAUCACCCGAAAGGGAUAUGAUCUGAAGGUUGCAUAUGUGGAGGGUGACAACUUGACAUCUGUUGUCAAGGACCAACUCGAAAGGGGAGAGCUUCUGCCCCAGCUCGACUCGGAAAAUCCCCACGUGGCCACGCCCAGAGAUGCUCUCGCCCUGGAAAACACCUCGGAUCAUCCCGUCGUGACUGCCAAUGCGUACUUGGGGGCCCGUGAAAUCAAGGUGGGCCUGGGUCUGGGUGCCGACAUCGUCAUCUGCGGGCGGGUAGCCGAUGCAUCACCGGCUAACUUUUCGCGGGCUGUUGGGGCUGCUGCGUACUGGCAUUCCUGGACUGAUCAAGACUUUGACUGCCUCGCUGGCGCAUUGGUCGCCGGGCACCUGAUUGAGUGCUCAAGCUUCGUCACGGGCGCCAACUACUCUGCGUUUUACGAACAUGAUCUCGACGACCUCUAUGACCUUGUGCACCCCAUCGCAGAGAUUUCUGAGGAUGGAACCUGCGUGAUCACCAAGCACCAAGCCGGGAAAGGCUUCGUCACCGCCGACACCGUGAAGUGCCAGUUCCUGUACGAGUUGCAGGGCAACAUCUACCUGAACAGUGACGUGAAUGCACUUCUCGACGAUGUCUGUAUAGAAGAGAUUGGCCCCAACCGGGUCAAAGUCUCGGGCAUCCGCGGCGCCCCUCCGCCGCCCACGACCAAGCUGGCCAUAUUCUACCGCGGGGGAUACCAGAGCGAGAUUCUCAUUAAUGCCUGCGGCUAUGCCACGGCCGAGAAGUUCAAGCUCUACGAAAAAGUCAUCCGCAAUGGUCUGAGAAAACACGGGGUUCUCGAUCAGUUUGACGCGCUUGAAUUCCAAGUCAUCGGCACCCCCGAAGAGAACCCCCGCUCACAACUACGGAGCACCACUUACCUCCGCAUCUUCGCCGAGGCGCCCCGCCCGGACCUCAUCUCCACCAUACCCAAAGUUGUUGGCGAGUACGCCAUGCAGCAGUUCUCUGGUUGGCACGCCACCCGAGAUACACGCACCUACGCACCACUCCCCUUCCUCGCCUACUACGCGGCGCUGUACCCGCAAACGUCGCUGCACUCGACCGUCAACAUGCUCAGCAGCGACGGCAGCCUCGCGCGGAGCGUACUCACCACGCCUCCACCAACCUUCACCUCGCUCGUGCCGCGCGACUCGUACGACACGUCGUCACCAACGCCGCUCCACAGCCUGGGGCCGACGGUGCGGCUGCGGCUGGGCGACAUCGUGCUGGCGCGCUCAGGCGACAAAGGCCCCAACCUGAACAUCGGCUUCUUCGUGCGCGACAACACGCCCCGCAACUCGACGCAGUCACCAUCGCCGACAGCCGAGACUUUCGCGCUGGCGUGGGAGUGGCUGCGCGCGUGGCUGUCGCGCGAGCGCUUCAUCGACGACCUCGUGGGACCCGAGGACUGGGACAGCGAACAGUUCCACGUCGAGCGCGUCGAGUUCGCCCGCAUCAAGGCCGUGCACUUUGUCGUCUACGGCUUCCUCGGCCGCGGCGUCAGCAGCUCGCCCCGGCUCGACUGCUUCGGCAAGGGCUUCGCCGACUACGUGCGCGACAAGUGGGUCGACGUGCCCGCCGCGCUGUUGCCCAUGCGGAGCCCCGAUGGGAGGAGGGUUGAGGAGAUUGAGAGGGCGUUGUUGGCCGCCGGGUAA